CAGUAGGCUUAGCGCUCGCACUCGGUUCAAUUGUUUCAGCUAACCCACCCUUCCAGAACAGCGCCUACUAGCACAGCUGAUAAUUUCACCUCCAUUGGGGGCCAAAUUAUGGGUGGUCAGAGACAGGGGCUAAACAGGUUUCUCGAUGUCAAGGAUAGGGCGAAGCCUUACGCGCCUACGGAUUAGUAUUCGUCAGCAGAAUCUCAGGGCUGAGUAGGGCGUGUAAUGCAACUCAUUGAGCAGAACAUUUGUAGCUAAAAGUAUAGCAGAGGAUUUGCAUAUAUAUCUUUAGACUAUCACUGCUUUGCAAGAGACAACUACUUAAACUUAAGUAUUAUUCAUAUAACAUCACUAUACGCAAUGUCCGCAAAAGUUCGAACCGACAAACCCGCUAUCAAAAGCGCUGCCCCUCCCCAUAGUAUCACGAACGCUGAGGAAUAUCGAAAAGACACGGAAGAACUCUCCCGGGAGAUAUUAUAUCAUGUCAUUCAACGACUCGAAGGCGGGCCGCAAGCUUCAAGACAAGACUCCGUCCACUCAUCAAGCAAAAAUAACAGCGACGACCUCGAAGUCUUCCGUUUCUUCGUCGUCACAAUGAUCGCCAUCUCUGUCUUCGGCGCCUCAACCUUCGCCGUCAUCGUAGGAGAAAUGACCGACCCCGCAGACAUUUGGGACCCAGAACCGCCAACCUUUACUCUCAAAACAGUCCGGCUGUUUCUCGCAGUAUCAUGGCUCGCGUUCGCCGUGUCCAUUGCUUUGGCCGGUUAUAGCGGAAGUUUUCUUGCGCUGAUGCGACAAAAGGCAACGGGCGAGAUUGAUGAGGAGACGAUAAAGAAGUGGACGCCUGCUGGGCUUGUUGUAUCUGCUGCAUUGCAUCUGCUCAUUGUCACGGGGUUCUUGUUUAUGGCGCUCAGUCUCGUGGCAUACGUUGGAUCGUUUGGUUGGGUUAUUGUUGGGUUUUCUGGCUUGAUGUAUGUUGUGGUUUUUUAUUUACUUGGUGCGCAGUUUCGCGCCUUGUGA